UUUUUCCUUCUUCUUUUGUUGUUGUUGUUGUUGUUGUUGUUGCUGAUUCAAAUCAAUCCUCUCUGUUUCUUCUUGUCCUUGCUCUUAUUCAGUUUCACCUGACUUUUGUUUUUGGAUAAAGUUUUGAGCUUUGUGUGCAGUACUCUCUCUUGUGAUCUCUCUUGGAAACAAAGUAAAAGGUUGAAUUUUUUUUUUUGAGGGGGUUUCUAAAUUAGGUUUAGUGUGGGAUUAUUGAGUGUUUUAUCUUUCUGAUUCGAUGAAGAUCAAGAGUUAUUGAGGAUCGUAAAGAGUGAUCACAAUUACAGAGGAUCCGUUUCGUAUAGAUCCGUCAGAUCUGUUCACCUGGAGGUACGCCACUUCUUCUUGAUUCACUAGUUAGUGUGGAAAAAAACGCCGGUUGGGUUCCUGUGGAAAGCUGAAUUUGGAUGUAGUAUCACUAUAUCAGACCAUAGCUUAGAGAAAGAAUGAUGAAGGUUAUUGAAUCGCUUAGCUCUGUUUGUAGCCGUUAAACGUGUGGCAGCUGCUUAGGAACUCAUGGAAGAGAUUGCACCGGCGGUUGCGCUGACUUUGAGUUUAGCCAACACCAUGUGUGACUCUGGAAUCUCAUCUACUUUAGAUAUUACCGAGCUGGAGAAUGUUACUGAUGCUGUUGACAUGUUGUCUGAUCACAAAAGUCAUAGAUAUUGUAACGGAGUGGUCGAUUCUAUGAUGGAACAUGUUUCAGAAGAACCACAAGAGAAAACUUUAUCUGAAGUGAGAAGCUUGUCUUCUGAUUUUAGUGGAACUGUCCAAGAAUCAGAAGAAGAUGAGCCAUUAGUUUCUGAUGCCACUAUUAUAAGCGAGGGUUUAAUAGUUGUGGACGCUAGGUCUGAGAUUAGGUUGCCUGAAGAAAAUCCUAAUGUAGCAAGAGGAAGCAGGAGUGUCUAUGAACUAGAGUGUAUACCUCUUUGGGGCACAAUCUCAAUUUGCGGUGGAAGAUCUGAAAUGGAGGAUUCUGUUAGAGCUUUACCUCAUUUUCUGAAAAUACCCAUCAAAAUGCUUAUGGGGGAUCAUGAAGGGAUGAGUCCAAGUCUCCCAUAUCUCACUAGCCACUUCUUUGGUGUAUAUGAUGGCCACGGAGGCGCUCAGGUUGCUGACUAUUGUCAUGAUAGGAUCCACUUUGCUUUGGCUGAAGAAAUCGAACGGAUCAAAGUGGAAUUGUGUAGGAGGAACACUGGCGAGGGUAGGCAGGUCCAGUGGGAGAAAGUCUUUGUAGAUUGUUACCUAAAGGUCGAUAACGAGGUUAAAGGGAAAAUCAACAGACCUGUUGUUGGUUCUUCUGAUAGGAUGGUUCUUGAAGCUGUUUCCCCUGAAACCGUCGGAUCAACUGCUGUGGUUGCUUUGGUUUGUUCAUCGCAUAUAAUAGUCGCAAACUGUGGUGACUCUAGAGCGGUUUUACUCCGAGGCAAAGACUCCAUGCCUUUAUCAGUUGACCACAAACCAGAUAGAGAGGAUGAGUAUGCAAGAAUAGAAAAAGCUGGAGGAAAGGUUAUACAAUGGCAAGGUGCUCGUGUUUCUGGCGUUCUUGCCAUGUCCAGGUCCAUCGGUGAUGAAUAUCUGGAGCCAUAUGUAAUACCAGACCCCGAAGUGAUGUUCAUGCCACGAGCAAGAGAAGACGAGUGUCUUAUAUUGGCCAGUGAUGGACUUUGGGAUGUAAUGAGUAACCAAGAAGCUUGCGAUUUUGCGAGGAAACGGAUCUUGGCUUGGCACAAGAAGAAUGGAGCACUGCCUUUAGCUGAGAGAGGUGUAGGGGAAGACCCCGCGUGUCAAGCAGCGGCUGAUUAUCUCUCCAAGCUCGCUCUUCAAAAGGGAAGCAAAGACAAUAUCUCGAUCAUAGUGGUCGACUUGAAAGCUCAAAGAAAGUUCAAGACCAGAUCUUGAAAANACUGUACGCUCGAGC